UACGGUGCUCACUACCUUGCCGGACUUGUUGAUGAUAGUGACGGUCUCUGUGAUAGUCAUCCUGGUUGUCUGCCGUGCUCUGUGCGCGGUAUUAUCGAAUUUAUGUACCUGCUGCAGAUACUGGCUUUGCUCCUUUGUUCAGGGGCCCGCAAUUUGUCUCUCUCGUCUCGUUUCUUGUGUCGCUACAAUUGCGGUGAAGAUGUAUCCACCGAGUUUCCAACCACCACUCGCAGACCCCAGGACCAUGGAACCCCUUCCCUCAAGAUAUACAAAAAGGGGUGGAACGAUUCUCUGUCCUUAUAACCCAGCAAAAGACUUCCUCCGCCUGCGGAGAGCAGAGGACGUAAAAGUUCGUCGUCGAAGGAUGGGGAGAGAAAGCAAAAGGUGCGGCGACCUCUUAUCGCGAUUGGCCUGGCGGGGGCAACGGAUCCGCGGGAACAGAGCGUUUGACUGGCGCGGCGUCCAAAGGAUCCCCGAAGCUAUUCGCGCAUUGAUGCCGGGCGAGAGAGGCACCGGAUAUCGUGUCACAUUGUUUGAGGUCGGGAGAUCCGAAGGAUGCUGUGGUUAUUGCAUUGGUGCCGUUGCUCCACCCCAUGAGUUGGCGCCUAUGGGCCAGCGACAGCGAAUUGAUAGCGGGCCGUCCCCUCGCCAAUGCCCGCUUCUCCAGGUUUCAGUUGUGGCGAUUGCUUCACGAUGACCCUUUUACUCACCUAAGGGGUCAAUAAUUAAUAACAUCACAAAUGAUAUCAUGUAUACAAAUGCAUAAGUUGAGAUUCAGUCUCGGUUAAACAAUCA